UUAGAAUAAAAAUGUCAUCUGUUGUAUUGGAGCACAAAUAAUCUCAUAAAGCAAAUAAAUAGCUCAUAACUACAUAAUUAGCGUGUCAUGGCGGCUUUGUUUUCAUGUCGUUUUGGCUGUUGUUGGGACACUAACAGCGGCCACGUAUCACUGAAGGAAAUGCCCACGGUUCAGCUCGACACUCAUCACAUGGGUACCGAUGUCGUCAUUGUAAAGAGUGGAAGACGCAUAUGUGGAACUGGUGGCUGCACAGCAAAUGCACCUCUACAUCAAAACAAGAGCUACUUUGAAUUUAAGAUUCAGUCCACUGGUGUCUGGGGAAUUGGAGUUGCGACUCAGAAAGCAAAUCUAAACCAGAUCCCUUUGGGCAGAGACGUGCACAGCCUUGUACUCAGGCAAGAUGGCACUGUUUACCACAAUAAUGAAGAAAAGAACAGAUUACCUGCUAACAGUUUACCACAGGAAGGAGACGUUGUGGGUGUUACGUAUGACCAUGUGGAACUGAAUUUGUACCUGAAUGGAAAGAAUAUGAACUGCCCUGCAUCAGGCAUUAGAGGAACUGUAUAUCCUGUAGUUUAUGUGGACGAUAGUGCAAUUCUGGAUUGUCAGUUCAGUGAUUUCUACCAUUCUCCUCCACAAGGUUUCCAGAAAAUACUUUUUGAGCAGCAGAUCUUUUAAAAUUCAUGAUGUGGUGUAUAUACUCUAAAGAUGUAUACCCCAUGGCUGGGAUUGGAAGUGCAUUGACUGACAUCUAUCUAUUGUGUGGCUUAGCCAAUUGAAAGGACUGACGUGAAAUUGGUGCAAUUGUUGCUGGCCACUACCAGUACUCAUUAAAAUAUGUCAUGUAGUUUUCCAGGUCUGUGCACUUUGAUCAUAAUGUCAUAUAAUACAUCAGUUAUUUGUUCUCGAACACUACAUUUUUAAUAGUGCUCUAUUGUGAAAAAAUAUUGAUUUAGUCUUUUGGCUGGUUUGAAUUCUAACAAAAACGGGUAAUAACUAGGUAACACAUUUACAGCUGACAAUCAUGACUUUGUAGCAUCUUGACUAGAGGUCGACCGAUAUUGUUUUUUUCAGGCCGAUGCCGAUCUUUUGAAAUCCGGGUCGGCCGAUGGCCGAUUAAUGCUGCCGAUUUAUUUUGGCCGAUAUUUGGCCGAUAUGUGCUUGUUUUUAACCUCUUAUUUGAACCUUUUAUUUGUAAGAUAAAAUGUAACACAAAUAAUUACUUAAGAUAGACAACAUUUCUCAACAAAUACAUUUAUUGAACACUUGACCAAUCUGCACUUGUACACUUAAAUUAAAAAUGUAUAAUGUAAAAACAUAUUGUAUAAAUAAUGUAUAACAAAUAUAUUAAAUAAACGAAGCAGGUGUUACGAACUGCUCCGAGACACGAAGGUUGAGAUCCAAAUGCAGCUUUAAUUAAGGGGCAAUCCAGACACGUAAUCCAAUAUUCAGAGCAUCCAAGAGAAGCACAGGCAUAACUAGGGAUGGGUAUCGUUAAGGUUUUAAUGGUAUUACUAUCUUACCGAUACUGCUUAUCGAUCCGGUACUUUAACGGUAUUCUUAACGGUUCUUUUUAAGAUAAUCGUUAUAUAGGCACAGUGAUUUAAUUUCAGGAAGGUCUACUAACAUUAACUGUUCAGGUGUGGUCUAAAAAGAAAUCUAAUAAUCUAGUAAUCAAUUGUAAAAUAACACUGCAUAGUUUAUCAUAGAUAGAUUAAUGCUUAUUAAUGCACAAGUUAUUCAUUCAAGAGCUGUAAGUGAUUUUCUCUUUGCCUUUUGUUGUUUGAUUCGCAGUAAUGACUCAAUCGUCACAUGUUUAAUAGACAGCUUCCCCUUUAAGAAGGAGUUCAGAUCUAAUAGGCUCCUGAUGCAGCAUAUUUUCUCCCAACUAUUUCCAUAAGUACGUCCAUUUAAGACAUAAACUGUGUUUAAGUGAAUCUCCAAGUCGGUCGUUUAGACAUAUUUUUGUGUAUAUUUGAUCGUUUAGACGCAUGAAACCCAAAGUAGCCUAUUUGCUUGUCUUGUUGCGGUGUGUUUCGGAGUGCGCGCCGCCUUGGGACCGGUAUCUCUUGCGCUAUUUUAUUAUUAAACGCGUCCCGCAAUUUAGUAACAGUAGCUAGACUGUAUUUUACAACGAUCACCGAUCGUGCUGAUUCUGACGUUAAGUUUGAGUUUUAGGGAGAAAUGUCAGUGCACCGCUGUGAAGGGAAGGAAGUUGUGCUAGACAGAAUGCGGCUUAUGUAUAAAUAUUCUUUUUAUAAUCUUUGGAAGGCGAAAUAUAAAAUAAAAUCAGACUAAUAUCACAGAUCUAAACCAGGCUACGUUUGAAUGUUUAGUUCUGUCACUCAUUUAGCUGGGCUCGUGUUGUGCUCGCUGUGCACGAGAUCUCUCUCUCUCUAUCUCUCUCUCUCUCUCUCUGACUGUGAAUAGCUAAAUUGCAUCACAGACAAAUGGUUUCAUAGAAUUAUUAUAGCCUACAUAGAAAUGGCUGGCGAGAUAAAAUAACUUUCUCUUUAUAGCAAUAAAGAAUGUAUUUUCUUAAUUUCUCCAGUACCGACAGCAGAACCAAUAACGUCCGAGCUUACCAAAGCCAGUCCUUCAAUAGCCAAUAGCGCUUGGUAUCUUUUUUUAUUACUUAUUUAUCUGCAUUGAGUGACAACCCUCUCAAAUAUAAGACACACAAACAGAACAAAUAAAAGUCUCAGAUUCACUGUCUGUAAUUGCAAAAUUCUUGCUUACUUAUUGUGAUAUGAUAGCAACCCUUCUGCUGUGAUAAUGCAACUUCAACUACAAUAUCAAUAUCAAAAGUAGCCGAACGUCAUGUCGCGUUUUUUCUCGAAGUUGGCAGUAACAUAUCAAAAGUUUUUAAUUAAAUAUAAAUAAUUUAUACAAAUGUAAUCCUUACUGUUUUCUCCAAGGAAUUUAGCUCCUUCCUUAGGCACUGGAUGAGGUCUGCUCACUCUGCUGGAAAAUUACUCUAGGGGCAGUGUGCGUCGAACACGUGUUCCACAACAACACUACACUCUUAGAAGAAAAGGUUCUAUAUAGAACCUUAAAAGGUUCUAUCAGGCGCUACGUAUUUGGAACCCCUAAAAGGUUCUAUAAAGAACCCUUUUUAAGGGUUCAUUCAAAAGAACCCUUUAGGGUUCUUUGUAACCAGGAAAAAGGUUCUAUAUGGAACCUUUUAGGGGUUCAUUCAUUAUCAUUUGUUUUGUCCUUUCCGGAUUAAAUAUUUCAUAUUAUUGA